GAAGAAGAAGAGUCCACUUGUUUAGCUAAAAAUGGCGGCAUUUAACGACAUGGAAUAUAAAUGCCUCAAGUUUCCUCAUUGUAGCUCACUUUACCAUUAACUAAAAUUAUACUUGAGUGUGAUUCGUAGGCAAAUGAUUUAUAAGACGUUUAUAAUUGGUUUACAAAACAAGCUAAAAGAUGAAGCGACUAUAGAUUUGUUUGAAAACAGCCUGAAAAGGGUGUUUUUUCCAAGCCGAGGACAGUAUGUCACAAUGGUCAUGUAAUGCACUACACACUGCGUAGAGGCUAUUGAGACAGAUAGCACUGCUGGACAGUUUCAGAGAGUCUGGAGCAUGGAGAAGGAAACAGAUAUCACACUGCAAAUGGAAGAAAAAUCUGUUUCUUUGGAGGAUAUGUGCAAGUCCGAACCUGCAGCCUUCCAGGAAGAUGAGAUUCCGGUCGCACGGAUGAAAGAAGUGUCCAGGUUUGAGGGGACGAGCCUCGGAUCACAAGCUGUUUUGCAGGAAGCUUGUUUAGGGUCCGAGCUUGCGGGACAGAAGAUGGAGGGCUGUGGAUCAGAGGUAUCUGGUCUGCAGAUGGAGAUGAGGAGCCUGCAGCAGGAGCUGUGGAAGUGUCAGAUUGAAUUAAAGAAAGUGCAGAAGCAGCUGGACCAAAGUCUAAGGCUUCAGAGGAGCACCGAGAGCUUCAACCAUGAUCUGAGACAACAGGUUGAGGAGCUGAGCGCCGAGCUUCAUGAGCGGAAGAAGAAGGAGAAGAGCCGAGUGGAAGCAGAGACUCAGACGGAGGACUACGCUCAGUUUGAGACAGAUUACAGCUAUUACUACAGUGGAUACUAUCAGGCUGCUGCAGAACCUGGGUACAACACUGCUGCUGAAAGUCAGGAGAACUAUGAAAUGUAUCCCGUUACAACAGAGACAGAAGCUUUACAGCAGUCAGAUGAAGUGACCAACAUGGCUGACACAGAGGUGGUCGACAGCAGCAGCUCAUCCAUAGCGGCGAUGUUGAGAGCCACAGCAGAAGAGGCGGUCUCUCAGACAGGCUUUGUUUUUGACGAGAGCUCAGGAAUGUACUAUGACCAUUCCACCGGCUUCUAUUACGACUCGAGCAGUCAGCUGUAUUAUGAUGCCAACACAGGCAUCUACUACUGCUAUGACCACACCAGUGGAAAGUACCAAUUUCACUCUCGAAUUGAGCUGUCCACAGUUCAACAAGGCCAAACUGCAAAUGACCAGGAGAAUGGAAACAAAUGGAAGAGCAAAAGAAGCACAGAGAAACAAGACGCCCAGGCUAAAUGCUUAAACCUGAUUAAAUCCCAGAACCACAGUGGGGUGAAAGAGAAGCCCAAAGCUGUAAAAGAUCAGGAGGAGCACUGCACAGGAAAGAAGGGUGAGACAGUCACACGGAGAAAAGGACAACGCUCUCAAAGCAGGACACGGCUAUCUCGUUCACGGAGCAGGACUCGUCUGUCUCGAUCCCGGAGCAGGACGCGUCUAUCUCGUUCGAGGAGCAGGACACGCCUGUCUCGUUCGAGGAGCAGAACACGCCUAUCUCGUUCACGGAGCAGAUCACAUUCACGGAGCAGGACACGUCUGUCUCGUUCAAGAAGCAGGACACGUCUGUCUCGUUCAAGAAGCAGGACACGUCUGUCUCGUUCACGGAGCAAGACACGCCAAUCUCACUCGCGUAGCAGGUUACACAGGCACAAGAGGACACAUUCUGAAGACAGGAAGAAGAAAAAGAAGAGGAAGAAGAAUAAGAAGCAGUCACACACCCACAGAGAUUGGGGAUCACACACUGCUAAUAUGGAUGCUGAAAGUGAGCCAGAAGAAGGAGAGAUCUUACAGUCCAGGGAAAAGAAAUAUCCUUCACCAUCAUCCUCCUCAGCAUCUCCGUCUCCUCCUCCAGAUACCUCUCCAGUUUCAUACAGCCCAGAGAGAGACAUGCUGCCAGAAGAAGGAUGGCCUCCAUGUGUAAGAGUGAUUGUGGUUCGCUCUCCUGUCCUGCAGCCCGGCACUCUGUUUAUCCUUACAGCUGACAGCAUUAACACUAUUGGCCGGGAGAAGGAUAUGGACCAUGCUAUCAGGAUUCCAGAGAUAGGAGUCAGUAAGUGCCAUGCAGAGGUGUAUUUUGAUCAGGAUCAGCAGUGUUACAUGUUGGUAGACCGCGGCAGUCAGAAUGGCACAGUGCUCAAUGGCAACAGAAUUUUACAGCCUAAAGUGCGCUGUGACCCCUGCCCUUUAACGCACGGUGAUGAGGUGAAGCUGGGCGAGACGGUUUUAUCCUUUCACAUUCACAUGGGUUCGGAUACAUGCGAUGCUUGUGAACCUGGACAGGUGCGAGCUCACCUAAGCUACCGCCGCCCAGAAGAAAACACUGCUGUUGUCCUGAGUAAGGAGGACAAAGAGCUGCAGAGACAGAGAGAGCUCAAGCAGAUGAAACUUAAAUAUGGCCUUAAAAACAGUGCAUAUGAAGGCGGUUCUGCGUUGAGCAAUAAGUAUAAAGACCGAGCAGAGAACCGGAGACAGACGGUGGGAAGUGAGGGAACCUUCUACAGAGACGACGCUCCUGCAUCUGUGCAUGUGGAAAUCAGUGACAAGAACAAGGGUCGCCAGAUGUUGGAGCGAAUGGGAUGGAAGAGUGGAGAAGGACUAGGCAAAGAUGGAGGAGGCAUUACAGAGCCUGUGGACGUGCAGGUCCGAGUCCCUCAGUCUGGUCUGGGCUGUGGAGCGAUUUUCACAGUGGACGAGGUUCCAGCUGGACGGAGUAGAAGGCAGCAGAACUGGGAUCAUGCGAGGGAGCGCUUCCAACAUGCGGAUCUUAGUCAAGACAAGACUGACUCUAGAGACAUCCUACUGAGUGACCCUUGAGCCUGGAUUUAAAGUCAGUCUGAGGUUACAGUAUAAUGAUUACUCCUUUUGAGGAGAGCACUCCAGAAGUAACACUGACUCAAGGAACUGAGUAAAUAAGUGUUUACACAUUUUACUGUGAAUGUGGAAUAUAUAAAUACACAAUAAAUUGUACAUUAAAAGAAUUCUAUAUUGUUUGUAUCCAGUGCUUUGUAUAGUUUUGUUAAUAAAUGUUGCUCUGUUCUUCAAAGCAGUAGAAUGUGGGCCAAUGUGAAAUAAUCAAAUAAAAAUAAAUCCGAACAUCGGAAUAGACCUGAAUUAUAUAUGAAAUGGUUAUGUGAAAGAACAGUGACUAUUCGUAUCAGGAUUGAACAUCAUCUGAUGUGCAGAAAGCAUCCAAGAUCUAGAAAGUUACAUAUUUUUUCCCCCAAUGUCUGAUGUACAGAUACAGUUUGUAUUUGUAUUUUUUUUCCUGACCCAUAAAUAAAUCACGUAUCAAAACAAGUGA